AUGAGAGAGAAGCUGAAGCUCAAGUGCACCAUCCAGGAUCUUGUCCGACCCUCGCCUGUCAGCUAUAUCGUCCCUAACCUCUUCCUCGGAGACAAGCACAUCGCCGGCGACCAGGCCGAGCUGCAGCGCCUCAACGUCACCCACAUCGUCAACUGCGCCAAGGGCCUCCCGGACUCCUUCUCGCCUCCUGCGACGCCCCGCACCACCCCGACAAGCCUCCGUCCCCGCUCUCGCUCGCCUUCACCCUCGCCGCGAGCCAGCUCGACGACUUCCGACUCCUCCUGCUCCUCCUCCUGCUCCUCCAGCAGCAGCAGCAGCGACGAGGAGAUGCGCGAAGUGGAUGAAGCGGACUUUCGGGAGGAUGUAGAAGAAGAAGAAGAAGUCGGCGAUAACGAAGAAGAGGCCUCCUCCUCGGCGGACAUGGCAGCACCUCAGGGCAGCUGGGGUCCGGCCUACCACCGGUGCGAGCUGUUGGACUCGUCGCGUGCCGAGGGCGAGUUCGAGCAGGCCCUCGCGGCGACCUUUGCCUUCAUCGACGCCGCGCUGGCCGCGGAGCGGGGCAAGGGCGGCGCGGUGCUCAUCCACUGCUGCGCGGGCCGAAGCCGCGGGCCGGCGGUGAUGACGGCCUACCUCAUCCACCGCUACCGCUGGUCGCUAGACAAGGCCUACACCUUCGUCUGCCAGGCGCGCCCGGUCGUGUGCCCCAACCGCGGCUUCCUCUCGGCCCUCCUCAAGCUCGAGAAGCGGCUGCUGGGCGCCAACAGCAUGACCCUCCGCCACAACGGCCACCACCACACCCUCGCGCCCCUACGCGGCGCCGGCAAGAAGCAGCAGCUCUCUGCCCUCUGCUGA